AUUCAAAUACUCCAUUUUCGGGUUUUUCUGCGCCCUAAUAGUAGUAAAAGAAAAUUCUCAUCAAACCCUAAAGCCCGGAAAAGAAAAAGUGAGAAGUUUAGUUGAUCUCUGAGAAUCUCAAACAGAAGUUUAGUUGAUCUCUGAGAAUCUCAAACAAUCACCCUUAAUUUGCAGAUGGCCGAUGAACAUAUUUCCUCAGUCCUGGAGCAGCUACGACGAAUCAUCGCCGACGAAAUUUUUGGGUACUUGGAGGUUGAGAUAAACUUGCUUGUAUGUAGACUCGAUGCUUUUCAAUCUAUGAUUCUUGAUCAUGGGGAUGGGCUAUUUUCGGUUGAGCUAUUGGAGCGUGGGAUUACUGUUCAUGCACUCGAUCAAGUGCUAUAUGAAAUAGAAGAUUUAAUUAGCGACGUCUUACAUUUAGGAGUAUCUACUGAAUUAGCAGCAGCAGGCGUUAAGGAGGUUGAAACUAAAUCAACAGCAGCAGGCCCUCAGAAGUUUGCUUCUACUAAAUCAGACACAGCAUGGCUUAAGAAGCGUCAACCUAAAUCAAGAGCAGCAGGCCUUGGGAGUUUUGCUUUUGCUAUGUCACUAUUGUUGAUGAACCGUGAAACUAAACCAUCACUAGCAAAAGCCAAUGCGAGGUUGAAAGAAUUGAUGGAGGUAUUGAUUGGUAUUCCGCAUGGAUCGCAUCCCUUGCACUCUAAACGAUCUUUUUUUGUAAAACUGUCAAAGUUAUAUGGUCUAGAUGUGGUUAAGAAAGAUAUAAUAAAUGUAAUUUUGGGUGAAAGUUUCAGGGAUAGUAGCGACAGCAUUAAAACCAUCAUUAUUGUUGGCAUGGAAGGAACGGGGAAAACAUGUCUUGCACGGUGCAUUUGUACUGAUUGUCAAGUUCUGGAAAUUUUUGACAACAUAAUUUGGGUGAAUGUUUCGGAUGAUUUUGAUUUAGGUAAAAUUGCAAGAAAAAUUAUUCUGUCUCUUGAAGGUUUGGAGCAUGACUCUUUGCGUCUCCUAACAUUAGUUCCAUUGCAAAGUCUGUUAGAUAGAAUUCAGCGAAAGAUUGUUAACAAGAAAUCACUUCUUGUUUUAGAUGGUGUGGGGAGAUAUGAUUGUGAUGAUUGGGAAGCACUUAGAGCUGUUUUUCAACAUGGCAUGUCGGGGAGUGGGAUUCUAGUGACUACUCAUGAGCACUUGGUUGCAGGAGCAAUGGAAUCAUCUUAUACAUUUUGUUUGGGAAAGCUGUCUGAUGAGUUGUGUUGGAUGAUACUUCGUGAAGUUGGAUUGAAUGAUGAUACUCUUGAAUAUGCAGUAGAGGAUAUAGGAAGGGAACUUGCAAGGAGGUGUGAAGGACUACCCUUUGCUGCGAAGGUUUUGGGAGAUGCUCUACGACAUUAUGACUUUGGGAUAAGAGGAUGGGAUGUUUUUCUGAGAAAUUGUAUCUGGAUAUCUCCUAGAAUACCCGAAUAUACGUCUAAAGUUCUAUCACUAUCUUAUUGCAAUCUACCUUUGUCUGUAAGACGGUGCUUAUCGUAUUGGGCUAUCUUCCCCAAAAACUUUGAGAUUUCGAAAACUCUUUUGGUGCAACACUGGAUGGCACAAGGUUAUCUGUACUCAUCUGAUAAUUUAGAAAUGGAACUAAAAGGUGAAGAGUACUUUAAAUGCUUAGAAGCUCAUUCAUGUUUCCAAUAUUGUAGCAGAGAUGGUGGUAUGCUUACUUGUAAGAUGCAUAGCAUAGUACAUGAUUGUGUCCAAUCUUUGCCCCCAUAUGACUUAAUGAUGGGGAUCGAGUCUGUUAAACAGCUGACUUUGAAUUUAUCUUCUUGGACGGAAGAGGUCAAAGUUAUUGGCACUCAUCAUUUGAUAAUGAUGAUUGCUCAAGGAGCUGGUUUUCCCAUGGACAUUAGUGGUGCAGAGAAAUUGCGGACCCUUGUUGCUGUUACUCAAGGGUGUUUGAUAACUAGUCAAGCAUUAUCUAACUUAUUUGAACAAUCCAAACAUCUGAGGUUAUUGGAUUUGAGCUUGACUAGUGGGUGGCAUAAUUGUUUUGGGCCAUCCGGACAAGGUAAUAUACUAGAUGAAAUUCCGGUGGAAAUCGGCGGAUUGAUUAAUUUGAGGUACCUUAGCUUGGCUGGCAGCAAAGUAUUGAAGAUAUUACCGGAAACAUUGUGUGACUUGCAUAAUUUGCAAUCCUUGGAUCUUACUGGUUGUAGUAGUCUUAGAAAAUUGCCAGAUGGAAUGGGGAAAUUAAUGAACUUGAGGUAUUUUUAUACCUGGUUUUGCUCUAGUAUAACUUCCUAUCCAAAAGGGAUUAGCUGCUUAACUUCUCUUAGAGAAUUAACCAAUGUCAUUGCUAGAGCUGAUCACAAUGAUGCAAAGGAAUUCACUCUUGGAGAUUUUGAAAAGUUGAACAACCUUUGUGGACAUGUUCGUGUGAAACUGGUAGGAAAUGCGAUAGAUGCAGAUGAGGCUAUUAGAGCUAGCCUUUGGAACAAGAAGGAUCUUGACCGUAUCAGAAUAAAUCUGGAUGGGGAUAUAGGGAAAGAAAGCCAAGACGUUAUAAAGAAAGCAUUAAACCCGCCUUCCGACUUGAAUAUAGAGUUCGUAGGAUGGUGGUUCUAGUCCAGAAAUGUAAGGAUGCUGCAAAGCAACAGGACAUACAUAUCCCCUGAGAGGCAUUGUCGUUGUCGUUGGUAGUGAAAGUUGAAGUAUAUUUUUAGUAUUUUAGUUUUUAUAUUAGGAUUUAACAAGUUAUUAAGAUGGAUUUUUUUCUGGAAAAAACAUGGAUACUUUUUUCUAAAAAUUUUUAUGAACUCUUUUGAAAUUUGUUGAA